AUGGAUCUCCGGGGCAUGUUAAACGACAGCGGCCCAACCGCGCCGCGGACCAAGCUGCCGCAACCGCCGGGGCAACCACUAGCACAGCAGCAGCAAGCACAUUCGCAAGCCGCACUCCCAUCGACUCCAGUGCAAACAAACCCACAACAGUCGUUUCGCGAUUUCGCCCAAACCCAACCCUCUCCCAGCCGUCACAUCUCACAGGAGUACGAAUCGCAACACGUGCCCGCCGUGUUCGCAUCUCCCCCUCCGUUUCCAGCAGCUGCCCCGGGUCCCUACCCUAACCAGCCUCCACCACUCCAGCAGUUCCCUCCCAACGACCUGCGAUCGCCCAGUGUUGGCGCUGGCCCCGUGCCCUCCCCAUUUCGACAGACUCCGACUCCGUCAAUUAGCUCUGCGGGCGGCUACCCUUUCCCUACGCAGCAAACCCCGACGAGCCCUGUGCAACGACACCAGUUCCCGCCGGCACCCGCCUAUCAUCGAGACAGCUAUCCACAGCCCCCGGGCCCUGCGGUUAUGACAGGACCCCCGGCCACUGCUCCGUAUAUGCAGGGACCGCGCAUACCUCAAACUCCCCCCAUUGCGACCCCGGGGGCCACACAACCCUACCUACACAGGUCCCAGUCCGCGCAGUCGACGCCCACACCGACAUCCGCACACAGCCAACACGCGCAGUACGGGGCUCCUUUCACCCAGGGAAGCCCCGUGGCGACGCCGCGUCCUCUACCCCAAGUAGACCAGCAACAGCGCCAAUCGUCCCAGCCGCCGACCCCCGGGGCAGCUGUCCCGCUGUCAGCGCGCCCAGCACAGGUCGUAGGCUACGGGCAGCCACCAAGCCCGUACCAGCAACGUCUGCCGGGUAACGUCUUUCAUCCUGUGCCCCAGGCAUCUCCGGCGCUGCCGCCUCCACCGCCUGCGCUCCCUAGGCAUUCCAUCACGCAGGGCGUCUAUGACCCACAGAGUCAAGAACCUCAUAGGGGUCAGCAGCCACAGAGUGACAGAGAACGCAGCGUUAGCGUCAGUCCGAAGACCCGCGUGCCCAGCCUACCAAGCACCUCUGGCCGACCCAGCACUUCGGCUACCGAACUCGAGGCUCGCCACAGCCAAGCCCACCACACGGCGAUGACUGCAUCGAUUGAGCACGACGCCAAACGAGACCGUGCUGCUACACCAGCGAAGCGGAAGCUGGAGGACAGGGAACUACAACCGGAAGAAUUAGAGAGGCGGGAUACGCGGCCGGCCCCAUUCGAAGACUCCCAUGGUCGAGCGGGUCAUGCCGAUGCCGGUGGUCCUGUGCCACGUCCACACAUGCCGAUAAAGGCUCAGAAAAAAAGAAAAGUCUAUCGGACAGUCCCGCCAUGGGCGCAGUCUCUUAGAGACCGAGUUCCUACCCACCCUAAUUAUGUCCUGGCGCGGCCGCUUCCACACUCUGGACCUCAAGUUAAUGGCAAACCGGAUCGCCAAGCAGGCCGUCCAGAACAGCAACCACUAAGUCGACACCAGUCGCCGGAGGAGAAGCGCUCCAUGGCUCCACAAACUCCGGGCCCCAACGUCCUCCCAGAGACGGCGAACCCGUGGGGACCGUUGGGACCAUGGGAGGCCAGCAUCACCAAUUCGGUUCCACAGGAAGGCUUUACAAAAGCCAUCGCUGAUUUUUUGUUUCAAUACAUAAUUCUCAACCCUGACAUAAAUGAGAUUCAAGGGCGCGGCGUCAAGUUCGAGAUUGAAGCCAAACUUGGCACGCUCAUAAGCAAAGACACGAACCAGCGGCUCAAUCUUCCCGUGCUCACCGAGUGCGUGAUUAAUGAUGGCGGGAAUUGGCUUGGGUUUCGGAGCAGCAUGACCGAGAUUCAGCACAAGUCCUUUAACGAGUUCCUCAACCUGCAAGUCCAACAAACUCACCCCAACAACAAGGCCAACGCUGCACUGCCCCGGCCGCGGCUGCCAAUUGACUACCUACAUCGCCACGAAAUCGACAGAUUUUUUGACCUGCCCCCGGCGGUCCGCGACCGCGAGCUGCCGGUGUGCGUCGCCAAGCCCAUCGCGACGCGGGGCCACGGGGCACGAGUCAGGGUUACAUACGACCAGAAGACGAACAAAGUGCUCGCCAAGAUCAUCAAGGCGCGUGUGGCCGACGUGAGCUUGCAUUUUCCGGACCAGCCGCUGGACUGCAGGAUCAGCGUGAACCUGGAAAUGGAUUGGGACGGCUCCGUCGAGGAGUUGGAGAGGUUGUCGGGUACCAGCGGAGGCGCCGGAGCAGGAGCAGGCAGGCAAAGGGUCAAGGAUCGGCUGAGUUACCGCCACGGGUGCUACCAGAUUGACCUCACCCAGGUCACACAAAAUGUGGCCGGGCCAGGGAACACCCAGCGUCAAGAAAAGGAGCAUGAACUCGAGGUUGAGGUAGAUCCGGUGGCACUGAUUGACCAGGGCCGACGAGCGAGGGAGAGCCAGCCGCAUCAAUACCUUGAUUUGGUGGAAGGGCUGGUCAAUAAUAUCAGGAUAUUGGCCCGGAAGGCAAGGGAGUUUGGGACAUGA